CCCUAACUCUAAGGGCUCUCCCUUCCCGUCUUCAAUUCAAAACCAAAAAAAGCUCCCAACUUUCUCCCAUCUCUUUCAAUUCUCACAUUCCUCUCUGCCCUUCCAGAUCUCGUAUUAAUUUCAGAUAGGUAGAGGGAGAGAUCGGUAAUUUCGCUGUGACCUGAACAAUCUGUUAAGAUGGCGCGUGAGGAGUACGUAUACAUGGCCAAGCUAGCGGAGCAGGCCGAGAGGUACGAUGAGAUGGUGGAGUUCAUGGAGAAGGUUUCCGCCUCCUUCGGCGACUCGGAGGAGCUGACGGUGGAGGAGCGCAACCUGCUGUCCGUGGCCUACAAGAACGUGAUCGGGGCGCGUAGGGCGUCGUGGAGGAUCAUCUCCUCCAUUGAGCAGAAGGAGGAGUCGAGGGGGAACGAGGACCAUGUGAAUGCCAUCCGAGAGUACAGAUCGAAGAUCGAGAAGGAGCUCUCUAACAUCUGCGAUGGCAUCCUCAAGCUCCUCGACUCCCGCCUUAUCCCCUCUGCUUCGGCCCCCGAUUCCAAAGUCUUCUACCUCAAGAUGAAGGGCGAUUAUCACCGCUACCUUGCGGAGUUCAAGACCACUGCCGAGCGUAAGGAGGCCGCUGAGAGCACCCUCUCUGCCUACAAAGCUGCUCAGGACAUUGCUGCUGAACUUGCCCCAACUCACCCAAUCCGUCUUGGGCUGGCCCUCAACUUCUCUGUGUUUUAUUAUGAGAUUUUGAACUCUCCUGACCGCGCUUGUAAUCUUGCUAAACAGGCCUUUGAUGAAGCAAUUGCCGAGUUAGACACCCUGGGAGAGGAGUCAUACAAGGAUAGCACCUUGAUCAUGCAGCUUCUUCGUGAUAAUCUCACUCUAUGGACAUCUGAUAUUCAGGAUGAUGGAGCUGAUGAAAUCAAGGAAGCUCCCAAAAAAGAUGAAGAGUAAAAGUGAGUGUGAUUGGUGCUGUAUUAGCAUAGCAUUUCACUUCUCCAGGAUUGUUUUUGGCUGGAGAAGUUGCCCUCAUUUAUUUCCAGUGAUAUGGUUUUCCUUCUCACUGUGAUUCAGAUGCAAUGAUUUGGAAUACUAAUGCUUAUAUCAUUUGGUUUUUAAUUAUCAUACAUACUCCUUUGUCCAAUUUUAUGUGUUUUACUUGAUUAAUGACAAUUAAGUUAAUCACGAUU